AUGUCUGACUUCGCAACCAAGCUGACCACUGUGGUCCACGACGAUGACCAAAUGGACGUCGAACCCUCAGAGCUGCCUCCGCACCUUGAGUACAUGGGCGAGACGGAGAAGACGGGGCCAUCGGCGUCUCCCGAACGUCUUUCGACAGAACCUGAGGAACACGACCCAAACGAGCUCCGGCCGGGGUCGCUACUUCUUUCGGGCGUCGACGAACUGGACACGAGAGCAAUCAAGCUGUACAUUGACUCUUUGCUGAAGCCAGACCUCAAAUUCGAGAACAGAGAGGAAUACGCUCGAUUCAACUAUACUCUCGAAUGGGUGAACGACAAGAAAAUCAACAUUGUGUUUGAGCAGCCCGACGCUGCACUGGAGGCGCUGAAUCUCCUAUCUGAGGUCUCCGACGGUCUUUCUCCGGAGCAGGAACGCGGCGCCAUGGAGUACAUCAGCAACGAUCCUGGUUUCAACGAUCAGAAUGUUAGACUAUCAAUAAGACAGAGCUACUGGGGCGACAGAAAGGUCAAAGGUGCAAGAAACUACUCGCGCUACUACCUGAUUCACGGUGAGCCGGAGCCGACCCAGAGACAGAGGACAUACAGCAACUACAAAGGAGGCCGUAGCGGAGCCCGCAACAGAGGGCCCGACCUGAUCACAGGCGAGGACACCGGGCCUGUGGACGAACAGGAUGGAGACUCCUACCGAAAACUUGAGAUAUCUGGAAGAUGGGACGGUCCUAGAUCGAGAGGCCCGCCAAGGGGUCCUUCGAGAGGGAGAAGCGAAAGGGGUCGUGACAGAUACAGAGAGAGACUGCAACCGAGAAGAGGAAAUUGCGACGACGAGGAAGACUUGUUCCCAGACUUCCUGAAAAAUAGAGACAGAUCGCCCGCCAGACUGCAGGAGUGA